AUGACUGCCAUCCCGGAAGAGCUCCAGGUCACCUACGAGCAGCUGGCCGACCUCGAGAAGGACUUUGAGGAUGUCGAGACCGAGAUCAUCCGCCAGCAGGUCCAGAUGACCCGCGACCUGUACGCGAAGCGCGAGAAGCUCAUCGCCCAGAUCCCCGUCUUCUGGUCCCUCGUCUUCGAGCAGGCGCCGCCCGACAUCGACGAGUUCAUCCAGCCCACCGACUCCAACGUGCUGCUCACCUCGCUCAAGUCGCUGUCGGUCUCGCGCUUCGAGAUCGAGGGCGAGGGCGAGGGCGAGGGCGGCAGCAAGGGCGGCGACCCGCGCAGCGUCGCCAUCCGGUUCGAGUUCGAGGACAACGACUACUUUGAAGACAAGGUGCUCGAGAAGAAGUUCUGGUACCGCCGCGACGAGGACGGCUGGGCGGGCCUCGUCAGCGAGCCCGUCGAGAUCAAGUGGUGCCAGGGCAAGGACCUGACCGAGGGCCUGCUGGGCAUGGCCAAGAAGGUCUGGGACCAGCAGCAGGCCGCCGCCGCCAAGAACGGCGCCGCUUCUGGCGCCGACAAGGACAAGAAGAAGAAGCCCCGGACGGAGAAGGACUUCACGCCCGAGGAGAAGGCGCUCAAGGAGAAGCUCGACGGCACCGGCAUCGGCGGCAUGAGCUUCUUUGCCUGGUUCGGCUACUGCGGGCCCAGGAUCACGGCCGAGGAGAGCAGGAUCGCGACCGAGAAGGAGCGCGAGAACCGCCGCCUGCGGGCCGAGGGCAAGAAGGUCGAGCCCAAGGACGAGGACGAAGAAGAAGAGGAGGACGAGGACGAGGAUGACGACGAGGUCACCGAGGAAGAGCUCGAGAUCUUCCCCGAGGGCGACUCCCUCGCCAUCGCCAUCUCGGAGGACCUGUGGCCUAGUGCGCUCAAGUACUUUACUCAAGCUCAGGAGGAUGAUAUGAUGAGCGAUGUCGACUUUGAGUCGGACGAGGAGGGCAUGGACAUCGCGAGCAAUGACGCGAGCGAGAACGAGGAGGGUGACGAGGAUGCGCCGGCGCCUAAGAAGCGCAAGGCGUGA